GAGAGGAGGGGGGAAUCCAGUUCAGGCAGUGUGUGUUCUACACGGACCAAUUUCGGAGAACUCCUCCUCACUUCCUGUUUUCACUCCGAAGCAACAACGUGGAUACAGUGCUGUUCGCCGGUGUGCGGUAUCUGUGUUAUGUGUGACCAGAGUCUCGUUGGCCCCCACAAUGCAGAUAUCCAGCGUGAAUGACGUGAAAAUUUACAAUUUAAGCCACGGAAAGUCCCUUCCAGAGUGGCUGUCCGAUCGUAAGAAGAGGCAGUUACAAAAACAAGAUGUUGACAUCCAGCGCAGGAUUGAGCUCAUCCAGGACUUUGAGAUGCCCACAGUGUGCACCUCUAUCAAAGUGUCCAGGGACGGUCAGUUCAUCCUAGCAGCAGGCACUUACAAACCCAGGGUCCGCUGCUACGACACUUACCAGUUGUCCCUGAAGUUUGAGCGCUGUCUUGAUUCAGAUGUUGUGGCUUUUGACAUUCUAUCGGAUGACUACUCUAAGUUGGUGUUUCUGCACGCUGACCGCUAUGUGGAGUUCCACUCCCAACACGGAAACUACUACAAGACGCGCAUUCCCAAGUUUGGGCGGGACUUUUCGUACCACUACCCCUCCUGUGACCUCUAUUUUGUAGGCUCGACUUCUCAGGUGUUCAGGCUGAAUCUGGAACAAGGGCGCUUCCUCAACUCCCUUCAGACAGAUGCUGUGGAAAACAAUGUGUGUGACAUCAACCCCGUCCAUCACCUGUUUGCUACAGGAACCUCUGAGGGCCGGGUGGAAUGCUGGGACCCUCGCGUCCGGAACCGAGUGGGCACGCUGGACUGCGCCCUCAGCAGCCUCGCAGAGGGAGCAGAAGUGCAAAGCUUGCCCUCGAUCAGCGCGCUGAAGUUCAAUGGCUCCCUCACCAUGGCAGUGGGCACCAGCACGGGACAGGUGCUGCUCUAUGACCUGCGCGCCAGCCAGCCGCUGCUGGUCAGAGACCACAACUACAACCUGCCAAUCAAGUCACUCAACUUCCACGACCAGCUGGACCUGGUUGUGUCCGCUGACGCAAAAAUCAUAAAGAUGUGGAAUAAGGACACAGGCAAGGCUUUCUCCUCCAUCCAGCCUCAGACCAACAUCAACGAUGUCUGCGUCUACCCCAACUCAGGUAUGCUCUUCACCGCCAAUGAGGAUCCCAAGAUGAACACAUUCUACGUGCCGGCCCUGGGCCCUGCACCUCGAUGGUGCUCCUUCCUCGACAACUUGACAGAGGAGCUGGAGGAGAGCCCCGAGAGCACUGUGUACGAUGACUACAAGUUUGUGACCCGGAAGGAUCUGGAGAAUCUGGGUUUGUCUCACCUGGUUGGAUCAUCUCUCCUGAGAGCCUACAUGCACGGCUAUUUCAUGGACGUCCGGCUUUACCACAAGGUCAAAAGCAUGGCCAAUCCUUUUGCAUACGAGGAGUAUCGCAAGGAUAAGAUCCGCCAGAAGAUCGAGGAGUCCAGGACCCAGAGAGUGCCGGUUAAGAAGCUGCCAAAGGUGAACAAGGAGCUGGCCCUCAAGCUGAUGGAGCAGGGUGAUGACGAGGCAGCGCUGAAUACCAGGAAAAAGAAGGGCAAGGCUCUCCCCAGCGUCCUGGGAGAUGACCGCUUCAAGGUGAUGUUUGAAAACCCGGACUACCAGGUGGAUGAGCAGAGCAUUGAGUUCCGCCUCCUCAACCCCAUCGUCUCAAAGGUGGGAGAGAAGAAGCAGAAGAAGCUGCGUCUAAUGGCCCAGCAGGUGGCCGCUUCCAAAAAGGCGGACGAGGAAGCCGAGGAGCCCGAGGGGCAAGCUAGCUCUGAGGAGGAGAGCUCUGACGAUGACGACAAGGGCUGGGUGGAGGAGGUGAGGGAGCAGCGGAGGCUGAUCUGGGAGGAGGGUCAGGACCGCCGGAGGCAAAAGAAGGAAGGGGACCGCAACACCGUCCUGCUGGAAAGGGACCAGAGCGCGGGGGAGAGAACCUCAAACAUGGCCGAGGGCGAGAAGACAAGUCAGCCACAGUAUUAUCAGAUCAAGGCCGGGCAGGAGUUCAGAAGCUUUAACGACAUGGCCCGCAAGCAGAGACUACAAAAGACGUCUUUGGAGGAUCGUCUGAAGAGUGAGGAGCAUUCGGGAACCAGCAACGUGGCCGACACCGCAGUCGGCAGCAAGCAGCUGACGUUCACGCUCAAAAAGUCGGAGCAGCAGAGGAAGCAGCAGCAGGCGGAACACGAUCACCAUGAAGAGAGGAGGAAGCUGAGGCGCUCGGCCGGGCACCUGAGCAGCAGUCGCGGCGGCAGAGGACGCGGAGGAGGAUGGGGAGGCAGGGGACGGGGAGGGGGAGGCGGCAGGGGAAGAGGAGGAGGAGGAGCAGUAGGAGGCGGCGGCAGAGGCCGCUACUGAGAGGGGCGGCCUAGUCCUCCCCGGGACCAGUUUCGGGCUCGGGUGGAGGACUUGGUGUCGGUGGCGCAGUCCUCAGCUCACAUUGCAGCUUUCAUCAGCUCGUCUUCUAAGUGUACAGGUUUUACAGCUCUAGAGACGGACCGGAGAUGCUGCACAAAGGGGCAAAGACAUUGAUGAACAGACGAGGUGUUCCUGUGUGGUGCAAAACUGUGCAGGUUCAGAGCACAAAAGACCACCCUAUCACUGCCAGCACAUACAUCUUAUUCCAUUAUACAAAAGUACCAGGACUACUUUUUUUAAAGCAGGGAUGGUCCAGACGGAACGAGUAGCUGAAAGGACUUGCCUCGUCUCAGGCAGCUAUAGGCUCCUCAGUUGAUCCAACUAUUUCAGUUAAUGGGAGGGAAGAAAAUGUAUGCUUGGGCCUAAAAAAACGUUUGUAUUUUAAUGCUCUUUGUACUGUAGAUUGUUAAACCAACACCGAAUUAAUAAGACUUGUAUAUUAUAUUUGGAACAACACUCGUCGUCUUUGCUUUUAUUGCCGAAUAUCUUCCUCAAACUUGAGCAGCAGCUAACGCCUUGCCGGCGUCACUGGAAGAAAAAUUUGAGUUUUUAUUCAUUCUCCUAUCCCCGCCAACAACCACAGUUCGUGGAAAACGAAGGACUGCCGAAGGGUCCUUCCCUUCUCCCAGUGUGCUGAUGGUGUGAACCCCAUGUGCUCAAUCAUUGGUCCAUUAAAAAAAUCUGGGAAGGGGCGUUUCAACCCAUUUCAUUCCAAUCCUGGGCCUCCACUCAUUUUGAUCUUGCAGCACUUUUGCACCUUCACCCAUCUGUCAGGUUUUGCAACAUCUUGACAAUCUAUCUUAUUGAGGAGAAAUCCAUUAAAUUAGCAGGUCGAACAACAAAUGUCGCAAGAAACAAACUAGAUUUCAACACUGUAAACUCACUGGAAAGGCUCAAACAGUUUGGGAAUCCAUUGAUGCCACUCAUUCCUGUACAUUAAAUGCAAAGCCAAAGCUGUCAGAAUAGUGAAAAGGCUAGACUUGCUUUGUCUAACGAUAUCAAAACUUUAACACCAGUAUCGCUAAAGCUCUCUGACUAACGCAUUGUGUGGAGUUUUUUGUUCAAUAUAAACUGAACUAGACGUGUUUAAUAUGAAUAAAAAGGGCCGGAGUUUGAGAUGCUGA